UUAGCGUUUAUUUAUUUUACCGUGAUUGACAAGAGACAUAACGAUUCAUUCUGAAUUUCAUCAAUGCUUGGACAUUGCAAUAAUGAAUAAUUUUGAAUUUAUUAUUUGUUUACCAUGCAUGGAAGCUCCACCUAUAUAUCGGAUCUCGCGGAAUAAAAUUUUGUUUGUUUGGCCAAUUGGCGAUUCGUAGCGGGACAGUGAUAUAUAUAGGUAUAAGUGGAGAUGUUUUUCUACAAGAAAAAAUAGGCUACAAGUAGGUUAGGUCCGCGAAUCUAUCUACAAAGGCUACCCUUACACAGUAAGUCGGUGUCGGUGUUUGUGAAAUUAUGCAUACCUUUUGUCAUACGUAGUUAUGAGUCGAAUUUGCAUAUGUCAUUAGCCAUAUAAUGUCCAAAAUGAGAGCUCAAGACAAGGACAAUAAAACAUUCCCAGAUAAAUUGAGACAAUUUUUUCGUAUCAAUAAGGGAAACUUUAAAAGUAGAGAAGAUAUCACAUUGACUAAUGGAAUCGAGAGGGAAAUUAGUUCUGAUAGCCCAGUUCACUGUCGCACAAAAGUUAUCAAGGAUCUGAGCGAAGCAGUUUUGAACAAUCAAUGGGAAGAUUGUGCAGCCGAAAGACUAUGGUUUCUCGUGCAAGACCUUCUAGCACCAGAGGUUCCACGAGAGCACAGACAUAUAACUUUAAAUUUUUUAAAAUGUCUAAUUCAAGGUCAAUAUUCAAGGCUUUCAUCUUUGAUGAGGGUUAAAUUUUUCAAUGUAAUCAAAGAGCAUGAUAUUCCAGAAGACAUUGGGCUGAGGCUGGAAUUACUCCAGAGUUUAACUGAAAAUGGAAAAGACAUCAUUCAUUUGGAAGAAAAGAUGGGUCCGUUUCUUCUUUCUUGGAUGCCAAUAGUAACAGGUGCAGAUGGAAAACGCGGUGCAGAGUUUUUGUCUUUGCUUGUUAAUGUUAUUAAAUUCAAUUCAGCCUGCAUUGAUGAAGAUAUUGUUUCGGGCCUGGUUCAGUACAUCUGUCACCUUUGCUAUUACAGCAAUAAUCCAGAAGUGGUUUCAGCAAGUCUUGAAGCUCUUGAUGCAAUAGUUUGUUAUAGCAAGCUACAACCAGACUCAUUACAAACAUUUAUUAUUGCUUUAUGCCGUAGUGUCAAUGUUGAAACUUACUGUCAAAUUAGUUGGAAGAUAAUGCGCAACCUAUUAGGAACUCACAUGGGUCAUUCUGCACUCUACAAAAUGUGCUCUCUGUUACAAGAACCAAAUUUUCAAAAGGAUGUACGUCUUCUAAGAGGCGCAGUAUUUUAUGUAAAUAUGGGAUUGUGGGGUUCACAUAGAAUACCAAAACUAAAGUGCACACCAUCAUCAGUGCUGCCAUCAUUUCAUCAAGCACUGCUCUGUAAUCAUCCCAUUGUUAUGUAUGAAGUUACUUUGUCUAUUCAGAGAUUGGUUAAUAAAUAUGGGAUUGAGCUGGAGCAACCUACAUGGGGUAUAAUUUUAGACAUAAUUGAACAAGUUAUUGUUCAUACUGAAAAUAGUAACCAGCCAGCUACUAAACAAGUUUCUACGAGUUUGCAUGAAACAAUCAAUAGUAUUGAAUAUUUGCUGGAUAACAAUUCCUACAAUGGCAAUGUUCAGAAAUUUUAUGAACUUGUUGAACGUUGUUCCGAUACGAGGCCGGAGGCUUCAGUUUUAAAGCUCAUUGAUUACAGAGCAUCUAUGUUAGGCCCAACUUGCUAUCAAUGGCAAUCCAAAUUGAGUUCUUUAAUUGAUCGUUAUUAUAAAGUUGAAACAAGAACUAAUAUAAGGGUUAAAGUUCUUGACGUUUUAACCAAUGUUAUUCAAAUGAAUAGGUCUAGAUAUGAAGAUGAGCUUAUUGAACGAAUUAUUGUACCCCACUUACAGCAUGUAGAACUGGAUCCCGAUGUAACAAUACGAAAUUUCGCUGCUCACGUGUUGGUAGAUUUAUGCUUGGAAUGUGAUACAAAGAGAUGUAUGGAUUUGUUAGAUAUUUUGGAUAGGAUAAUAAACAGACCGUUUCAACUAGAAACACCUGUGCAAGUUGACGCAGAUAUUAAAGAUGUCAAGACGUCCGUUGUAGGAGUUAUAAAAAUUCUUACCCAGAAAGUGUAUCGUUUACCGUCUCUGCACGCUAUCCGUGCUUACCAAGUACUUGUAAAUCAUCUGGAACUGUAUUAUCAAGAUCACAAAGGAAUUUUCCAGGAAGUUUAUACGAUUCGAUAUUUGAUUUUCGAGUGUUUUCUCAAAGCUCGUGCCAAUGGUUUGGGUCAUGUAGGUUUUCCCGAACAAGCAACAGGUACAGUCACACGAUACAGUCCGUACCUUGUCCUAGAAAAUACUUCAUUCAAUUCAAGCAGCAGCGGAACGAGUCCACCUCCGGCUAGUCCCGUACCCUUGCAAAGCGCAAACUGCCAAAUCACCAAUAUUUCUUUGGCUCACGCCUGCAAAGCCGUUACUACAGCGGUGAAGCAGGAAAAAAAUGUACAAGUUUUACAGCUGAUAUUAAAAGAAUUGCCGCAAUUAUUACAAAAUAGAGCAUUGAUUUUAUCUCGACAUAGCAAUGACGUGGGUUCUUUAGCAAUAGCACUUUGCAAUAUGAUUGAUGACAAAAAUUUUCGGACUGAAUUUCGAACGGAAAUCUUCCCAGUUCUUGCAGCUUGUACAUCUUACCACGCACAUUUUGAUUUAAAUACCCAGCAACGUCUCAUAAAAUGUUUCGAAGAAGGGCUAAGAACAACUUGUGCAGCACAAUGCGUCACAAGUCUCAUGACAUGUGCUCUAGAGAUGCGCGACAUCAUGAGUAAGCUUGUGUCCAACGUUCUUCUGAGUCUGUCGAAAACUUCCGAUACCGUCAAUAUGGCGAUUCCAAUAUUAGAAUUCCUGUCGACGCUUACACGGCUAUCUAAGGUUUAUUCGAAUUUCACAGUUGAACAAUAUAUGUCGAUAUUUGCUAUAAUAUUGCCUUAUACAAAACCAAUUAGGUAUAAUCAUUAUACCGUGUCAUUAGCGCACCAUGUGAUUGCAGUAUGGUUUUUGAAAUGUCGACUUCAACUUAGACGAAAUUGUGCAAAAGUUAUUACGAAGGGCCUCAAAUCUAACGCUAAAAUGCUUCUAGAAGAAGGAACUAUAUCAGCCAAGCCGGACAUUGGCCUCAGUAACGAAGAUUCUUCCAAUAGGAAACGAAGUUCGAGUUUAACUGAACAAGGAAGCAGGGCUCGAAGAUACGUCAGGGAAAGUAGGACAUUGGAUUUAAAGCCCCCAGUUGAUCAAGCCCUUCAAAAUUUUCACGUCGAACUCACAGAAACUUGCAUAGAUCUGAUGGCGCGUUAUUCCUAUUCUAUGUAUUCGGCUCGUCCAAAGAGGCUUUUGGCUGCCGAUUUCUUGCUAAAAGAUGGCAAUUCAGUAACUUGGAUUCUCGGAAACAAGUUGAUCACUGUGACGACCAGUGGCUGCAGCAACAAAACGAUGCGCGGUCCCCUCUGUGAUAACUGCUGGGCAGCUUGCAAAGCUACCCCCGAUCAAACAAGGUCUAGUCACUCGAGUCUACUGCGAGCCUCCAGUGCGGAAGGCAAUAAGGAAGACAAGUUGUCCCGACAGUCAUCUGGAGGUCUUGCAAGCUCAAGUGCCAACACGGCCGCGAAUUCGCCUACGGAGGAAAGCAAGCGCUCUCUCGAUGACUCGGAUACAUACAAGACCAAGGAAUCGGGCGUCGACAACUCAGACAGAGGCGAGCAGCAGCAUCAACCGAACAGUGAGACCUACAAGCUCGAGCAGAUGAUGAAUACGGACAAGCAGGAGGAACACCAACCGUGUGCCUGCUGGUGUCAGGGUUGGGCCGAAAUUUACGUAAGACGACCUACCGGAGACAUGUCCUGGAUUACGCGAAUACAGAAUUCCAUGCACGAAGUUUCACCUUACGAAUUACCGCUUGACAAUAUUACCGCUCUCUAUAUGCCCACCAUCGACAUACUGCCUCAGAAGAGUCAGGACCUUGCCUCGGAGUUCUCCGAGGAUGAAAUACCGGAUACGACGGAAAAAACUCUUGAACCGAUUCAAGCCGAGGCCAACACUGUUGUUAAAUCCAGCACGUCGUCUACUUCCGGACCCAUCGACAUUCCAGGCUCUCCCGCUCGUCCAAGUCCAUCAAGACCGAGCCCACGUGAUAGUCUUGAAAGUUUGGAAGAAGGCGAAGAAGAGUCACGAAAAUCACGAAAUCCAGUUCGCAGGUCGAAUUCCAGUCCAGAAAUGAGUUCGAACUGGAAAAAUCCUUUUUUGAAUAAAGACAAGCUAAACUUACCGUCUGCUGAGCGAGACGACGUUAACCCUGACUUGGAUAUCAAAUCUGAUACCGAUCUAAAAAAACAUAUCAAAAGUACCUACACCAAAGAUAUGAGAGUCAGUUGCGAAGCAAUUCCCGAGGAAAUAUCAGGGAUGGGCACUACUCCGCCUUCGACAGAAAACACUGGAGAACAUCCCUCAGGGUUGUUAUCGCAAAGAUCUUAUCCUGGUACGAGUCAAGUUUCCCAAACGACAACGACAGCGACAAGUAAUACAGUACCUCCAUCGCCAACAGCUGGCCAGCCUCCUGCAAAUUUAUUGACAUCUCAAUCGCAACUUGCUUCUAAACCACCUCAGUCGCCGACACAAAUUUACUCUCGAUUAAGUAAUCUAGAUUCAAGCCACAACCGGCAAUCUUGGGUCCUCGAUUCUAAGCCACCCAUUGGUCGGAAUCAUUUCAUUGAAAAGUUAAGAGAAGAAAAGGCCGAUCCUUCCUCUUUACCUCCUCUGUCUUUUCGGGAUCGUGGACAUACGAUAUCUGUUAUGAGCCCAGCGAAAAUCAGACGAACGAAUUCCCCUCGAAUAAAAGAUUCGCCGUCUCAAAUGAAUCUACUUAACAAUAGGAGUGGAAUAAAUCCAAGUUACGUAUUUUUGCAAUUGUAUCACUCGGCGAAUUUUGGGCAAUCCAAGGAAAAACCUUUGCUGGUCCCACAAACCAGUGCUCUUUUGCAGACUUCAAUUACAAAUCUAGAUAGGAUACAACCGUACGAGACUCAUAAGAUUGGUAUUCUAUAUGUUGGUCCAGGACAGGCUAAAAAUGAAACUGAAAUUUUGGCAAAUCAACAUGGUUCGCUGCGUUAUGCACAAUAUUUACAAAGUCUUGGCACACUCAUAAGACUUAAGGACGCGGAUGAAAGUAUCUUCCUUGGUGGACUCGAUCGUAACGGUGAAAAUGGAAAUUUCGCAUAUAUUUGGCAGGAUGAUGUUACACAGGUAGCUUUUCACGUCGCAACACUGAUGCCUACCAAAUCCAGUGAUCCCAAGUGUACUUCUAAAAAGCAGCAUAUAGGAAAUAACUAUGUAACAAUUGUAUAUAAUGAAAGCGGAGAAGAGUAUGAUAUAAAGACUGUUAAGGGACAAUUUAAUUAUGCUUGCGUUAUUAUUCAACCACUUGAUCAUGGAACUAAUCAAGUGACGGUACAAGCAAGAGAUGAACUUAGUAAACAUAUUGGACACAGUGAGCCAAAAAUUAUAUCCGAUCAUAAUUUGGCAAUUUUGUCUCGGCAGUUAGCGCUUCAUGCAAACUUGGCUUCAAUGGUCUGCUCAUCAUUAAAUCAGAAAGAUCGCAAUCCAUAUGCAUCCAACUGGUUGGAACGUCUACGUCAUAUAAAGCGCUUACGAAAACGAAUUUUAGAGGAACAAGCACGAAAAAAUCCAGAUGACGAUUCAAUAAAAAAAGCCUUAGAGGAGGAAGAUAAAUCAAUAAUCGUGGACGAUCUUGUUCAAGAUUUUACAGAAUUUACGACUUAGAAUGGCUGUUUUUAUAAAGAAAGUGAUAGCGAUUUCAUUUAACUGUAUGCAAAAAUUACGAAAAUCGUGCUAAAAUAAA